UGUAUGAUGCGAUGGUAUAACAUGAUUGUAUGUUGACUGCAAUUAUGCCUGAUGGAAUGAUAAGAUUAUGUAGAAUAAAUAUGACGUGUUCGUUGCAUAAAUAUAUAAAAAAGAAAUGGCCACAGUAGAGCUCCUUGCCAAACACCAGUAUAAAUUUUUGUUUAGUUCUGGUAUUUUAAAACCUCCUCCUUUAAGUCGGUUAAAAAUGUAGUAAAAUAGCAAGUAUUAUUAUUAUUAUUAUUUGUUUCAGCUAGCAGUAAUGGACUUGCAGGCAUGGUAGGGUUCUUUUUUAUACCAAAUAUUAUGCAGAUGUAUGGCCGAAAAAUAGUUUUCAUGGGAAUAAAUUUCUUAGCUGCUCUCGGUUUCCUUAUUUUCGCACUGUCAGAAAACGUACCAUGCUUAUUUGUGGCAAGGGUAGUCCAAGGAAUUCCAAUGUGUGGAGUAUUUAUUACAACAAUGUUGGUGGGAGAAUAUACAGAUUCAAAACGACGUGGAUCUUUUACAACUGUGAAAAAAAGUUGCGCUGCAAUCGGUUCGAUGAUUAGUCACUCUCUAGCUUUGCGAUGGAGCUGGAAAUAUGUUGCCGCUUUUUCAGUAAUACCAAAUACACUUGCUCUGAUUUUAGCAUUCCUUUGGCCGGAGAGUCCAUCGUUUUUAGCUUUGACUGGAAAAUAUGAUGAAUGUGAGAAAUCACAUACCUGGCUAUUUGGAGAUAGCCUAAAAAGUAAGAACGAUUUGGAACAAUUAGUAGCUACCCAAAUGGAACGAAAAAGAUUGGCUGUGACCAAAACUAAUUAUAAGAGUGUUACCAGAAAACUGUUUAAAAAAGAUUUUAUUAAACCAUUUGUAAUUGUUUCUUUAAUAACAAUGUUGAUCGAUGCAUCUGGAAGAUAUUAUAUAUUUGCUUAUGUUGUACAAAUUCUGAUUGAAGUCACGAACGAUACGUCCAUUGCUGCGUAUUGUGCAAUAGGUUCUGAUUUGUUAACUUUCGUCGCGUUGUUAAUGUCUAGUUUUGUUAUUAGAUUUGUUAAAAGACGAACAUUACUAUUCGUGACUGGAGCUAUUUGUGCUUCUUUGAUGCUUUUAACGAGCUUAAUAACAUUCGUGAAAUCUCAUUAUGGUAUCGGUGGAUCUAUACAUGGGUGGUUAACUCCUUCAGUAAUUUUAUUAAAUGUUUUUAUUGUUAAUGUUGGAGUUGUACCUGCAGGUUUUGCGAUAAUGUGUGAAAUAUUCCCAUUAGAACAUAAAGGAACGGGUGUAUGUGCAUCGGGUAUCGUUUUUACUGUUCUGUAUACUCUGUUUAUGAAAUGUACUCCUGUGCUGAUGGAGAAAACUGGUGUUGAAGGCACUUUUGGUAUCUAUGCGCUUCUCGUAAUUGUCGGUUUGGUGAUUUUGUAUUUUAUAUUAAAUGAAACUAAAGACAAAACUCUGGUCGAUAUUGAAAAGGAAAUCCAUAGAUGA